AUGGAACGCGGCCGAGGUCUCUUCAGCUUUUUCACCGCCUUGUCAGCAGCCAACCCAUCCGAGGUCAAGGCUGCAAAGGAGGCUCGCGCCGCGCGAGACAAGGCCGACGCCGACGCAUGUGGGGAGCGCUCAAAGGCCGCGAAGAAGGCGGCCAGCCAGAGCUGCUGGAAUGAGGCCACGGCCUCUGGGAGCAAGAAGGGUCUCUCCAACGACCCUGAGGCAAUUCGCUCGCGGGAGCGGCGCAAGCGAGAGGCGGCGAAGAGGGAGAAGCAGCGCGCUAAGGCGUUCAAUGACUCUAACGCGGCUGCAGCCAACCACCCCGAGCCGGCAGACGUAGAGAAGGAGACGCACUACACGGACAACAAGGGUCGCAAGCGCAAGCGGAAGACACUGCGCUCGCGCACGGACGGUGUUAGGUACACCAAGGCUGGCAGCGUCAUCUACAGCGACACCGAGUGCCGCAUGGUUGCGGAGACAUUUGACCGGAUCAAGGCGCGCAAUCUCCCGGGCGACACGGAGCUCUACGCAAAAACUGCGAAGGAUCUGAGGAGCCGUCUGCCGACAACCUUCUCGAAGCUCGGUCGGCAGCAAGUGCGGCAGAUCAUCCUCCGCCGUGAGAGAACUGGAGCGCUUGACGGCCGCGGCCGAUUCACCCCUCUGCCGGCCGUACUCAUUACUGCGAUCCUACUCGCCUUCACUUCUGUGGUCAAGGCGCGAGCGACGGUCAUCUCCGCACCGAUGCUGCAGCCCAUCGCAAUCGGAAUCAUCAUUGCACACGGCUACACCAGCCUGCUACGGGAGGGGCGCGGGAAGCGGGGCGAGUUCUGCUGCGGCCUCCACUUUGUGCGUGGCCUCAUGAAGCAGAAGGGAUGGCGCAACGUGAAGCCUCAGGGUGACACGCGCAAGGUGCCGCCAAACUGGGCCGAGCUCGUGCAUGCCAUGGUUCUGCGCCUCGCUUACUUUGUAUGGCAACACGACAUUCCAAAAGAGCUGAGGAAGGGCAAGACGUGGAUCACCGAGGAGAUGCAUAAAAGCGGGGACAAGAGCCUGCAGAACCACGGCGACAAGCGCCAGUGCACGGUGGUCACGGCCACCUCUGCAGCGGGCGAGAUGCUGCCGCACCAGACGGUGAUGGAAGGGAAAACUGUCAGGGCUCUGCCUAACCUGGGAGCCCCCUACAGCUACAGUCACACCUUGAAUAAGUCGAACAGCAAGGGCACCCGCUCGUUCUGUUUCGUGCCCUCGCCAGUCGUGGCUGCCACCUGGAUCACCGGCAUCGCCUCCUUCUGCCUCACCGCAAACCACUGGAGCGACAACAUCACGUCCCGGGCCUGGAUCACGGACGUGGUGGUGCCAUACUUCAAGCGCAAGAUCGAGGAGAUGCGUGCGACGAGCCUUGAGUCCUGCAAGGAGUUUGGGACGCAGGUCUGCGUCGUCAUUGUGGAUGUGUGGUGGGGGUGGAUUGACGCGGGCUGGAAGGCUUGGCUCGCAGAGACGCACCCGUGGAUCCGUCUGCUCUAUGUCCCCCCCCGCUGCACGCCCAAGGGGCAGCCAAUGGAUGCUGGCAUCAUCGCCAUGCUCAAGGGCAUACUCCGUCGCCAGUACGGGACGUGGGUCUGCGACUUGGUGCAGCGGCAGCUGCGCGGCGGCACCAAGCCGGAGGAGAUUACGGUGCCGUCGGACGUUCCGACGUGCAAGCGGAACCUGGUGAACUGGCUCUCGGAAGCGGUGCCUGAGAUGAACACAACGGAGAAGAGUGGGAUGCUCAAGUGCUGGGAGGCCACCGGGCUGCAUAAAGCUUGGAACAAGGACACGCAGCGUGAGGCCGUGAAAAAGCUGCAGGAUGGCCUCUUCCCGAAUCUCGACCUCGACCAGUACAAUCUCGGAGAUGAGGGUAUGAUGAAGGUGGUCGCUGCCCUCGUCGCCGACGCCCAGGACAACAGUGAGGACCAGGACGCCGGCUGGCCGGGCCUGCCUGUCCUGCAGACUGUCCCGGGCACUGUGGCGCAGGAGUGGGAGCGGUGGAUCGACUGGGACUCGCUUGGCAGCGCGAGCAGCGCGUGA